AUGGGGGGGGGUUGGAAGGGGGGGGGUGGUUGGGGUUUUUAUGGGGGGGGGUUGGGUGGGGGGGAAGUGGUAGGGGGUUGUUGGGGUGAUAUUUUUGGUGGAGGGGGGUUGUUGGGAAGGGUGUGUGGGGUGGGGUUUGGGGGGGUGGGUGAGUGGGUUGGGGGGGGGGGGAAUGUUAGAUUGAGGAUGUGGGGGGGGGGGAUGGGGAAAUAG